AUGAGGAGGGUUAUCGUCGAAGGUAAGCCGGGACUGUCUCAGCACGCAACCACCGUAGAUCCUGCACGAACCAUGCGCCGACCGCCACGGACCGCUGAACACUUAACGGCUCUAUUACAAGGUACAACCUGGACUUUAUAUGAUCGGCCGGUGUUUGACCCGAGGACGCAAACACGAAGGGCGCAUGCGUCCCUCGCCGUAAACACUCGUCUCGGGGCUGACCACGUGGUGGUGACUCAAACAAUACAACACGGAAACAAACCGCCCCAAGCCGCCGCGGUCACACCCAGCACCAACACUCGCAGGAGCUGA